CACACACACACCGCCCCAACCCCCGCCUCCAACAUACUUCUAUCCUCCCCGUCCCGCGGGCAGCAGGAGCGGCUGCUGGGCGCCUGUCUCGCACCUGGCCGGUUGAAGGUUAUUUUUAGUGGCGGGUUGGUUGGUGUUGCAGUGUGGGAGUCGGGAUAGCUCACUCUCCUCUACAGCCCAACCGGGAGACGCUCACGCCGAGUUACAGAGAAACCUGGGAGAAUAACGGGUAUAACACAUACUGGCCCUCCGUGAGCGGCGGAAUAACAAGCCCAGCUGUCCGGUAAGCGUUAAGGGACGACAUUACCGAGCUUUUCUUAACGGAGCCAGGAUAUUUAAACCCUACGAGCGCACCGUAGCCUACUGAAGCCGUUGUCAGAGAUGGCCAGCACCGGGGCUGAGUGCGAGGAACCUCAUCUUCCCCAGGACGAAUCGAGACAUCCCGAGCCUGCAUUCAGAGAGGCGCAGAAGUGGAUCGAGGAGGUGACGGGGAGAAGUUUCGGGGAGAAUGACUUCCGGAGCAGCCUGGAGAACGGGAUCCUGCUCUGCGAGUUACUGGGGUCCAUCAGACCAGGUUUGGUCCAGAAGAUCAACAGACUACCUACACCUAUCGCUGGACUGGACAACCUGUCAGUGUUCCUCAGAGGCUGUGAGGAGUUGGGUCUGAAAGGUUCCCAGCUGUUUGAUCCUGGUGACCUACAGGACACCUCCGGACGAGCCAACCUCAGGGACUCAGACUGCAGUAGAAAACUGAAGAAUGUAUUAAUUACAGUAUUCUGGCUGGGGAAGGCUUCCAGUGUGUGUCCCUCCUAUGACGGCCCUGUCCUAAACCUCAGAGAGUUUGAGGGACUGCGGUCACACAUGAGAACGGUGAGUGAGGACAGGUCUGGGUCAGACAGUGUGAGGCCAGGUGUGAGGGACAGUGGUUACGACUGUUGGGACUCAGAGCGGAGUCAGUCUCUUUCUCCCCCACAACACACACGGGACGACUCCCUGGACAGCCUGGAUUCUUUUGGCUCGCGCUCCCAGGCUAGCCCCUGCCCCGACGUCAUCAUCCAUGGCAACAGUGAUGGUGACUCAGAAGACGAUGCCCCCAACAGGAAGCCAGAUGUCCGUCGUGAUGACAUGUUAGCUCGUCGUACGGCGGCUGGCGAAUCACGGACCUUCGUUCCCUUUAACCAGUUCCUGCCCAAUCGCAGCAAUGUCUCUACCUACGUUCCCACCGCCAGACGCAGGCCACGCCCUCAGGAUGGAGAGCACGGCAGUCUCCCUCAGCCCAUCUUAGAGGAGGGAAGAGAGGGGGAGGGGGGAGGUCCCUUUAAGAGACCACCAGGUCCCCGCUCCAGAAACCCCAAGACAGUCACAUGGGCCCCAGAUGGGGAGGGGCCUAAAGAGGAAGAGGGGGGGCAUGGGCAGGAAGAGGAAGUGUUGAAACGGGAAGUAGAAGAACGUCAGAAGCUGCAGAGGCUGGAGAAGGCAGGGAUUAAAGUUCUACCUGCUGUGAUUCGCUACAGCAGACCGACGCCCCCUCCGGAGAAACAGGAAGUGAGGUCACCAUCCCCUAACAUCAUUCUGCGUCGCCACAACGACUUCCUGACCAACCAGAAGGCUGCGUGGGACUCUGACUCGGAGGGUGAGGCAGAGGGUGAAGAGGGGGGAGGAGGGGUGAGGAAGGUUCCUGACGUCCGUAGAGAUGACCUGGCAUCCCGACGCGCCCCGCGCCCCCCCGCUGCUCCCAGAGUGCACCAGUACAUCCCCCCGCCUGCCUGCAGCCUCCGGGACAGAGAACUCUGGGAGGACAUCAGACGAGCCUCACACACUGCUCUGAUGGAGAGAAGUGAGAAAGAGGCAGUGUGUGACAUCAUCACACGCAGAGACAACCCCUUCCUAAACCCAGCCCCCCAGCGAGAGGAAGAGGAGGAGGAGGAGGAGCGGAGAGGGGGAGGGGUUAAGGUCCUAUUACCCAAUAAGACGAAAGAUGACCUCGCUAGGAGGAGGGCCCAGAAUAGACCCCGCCCAUCUCACAGUGACGGACCAAUGAGCUUCGUCCAUGCCUCCAUCACCCAGUCAGAUCUGGAGAAGUGGGAGAGACUCAAGAUGUCUGAACCCAGUGAGUCUAGCCCCUCCCCUGUGUGUCAGGCAUGUCUGGAGAAAGGUUCCGGAACCCCUGACAUAAUCUCCACGGCAACGGGGUCAAUACGGGGUCGUUCUAAAUUUGUGACCUUUGGGGGCGUGACAGAGCUGGAGGAACAGUCAAUCAGCUCUGCCCGGGAAGGGGAGGAGUCUCAGUUGUUGCGGCGACUGCUGGCCAAGGCAACCGUUGCCAUGCCGAUCAUCGGGCUGGGCUCCCAGCUCUCCGAGCAGCCGGAUAGGUACGACCCGGAACAGGACUUGCUGGAUCCGGUCUGAUCUUUUCUAAACUGGUCUGAUCUGGUUUGAACUGGUCUAAACUGGUGUGAUCUUGUUCUGGGCUUGGCUGAACUGGGUAGAACCAGACUAUUUACAAAGGAACAUGUUUGCUGCAAACGGAAGCCUUGUUUAACUCACCUUAGGUUAGAACCAACCAGGCUAGAACCAGACUAGGACUGGACCAGAACCAGACUAGAAUCAGGUUAGAACCAGGCUCGAACCACACCAGAACCAGACUGGAACCAGACUAGAACAGAACCAAGCUAGAACACAACCAGUCUAGUACCAGACUAGAACCAGACUGGAACCAGACUAGAACAGAACCAGACUAAAAACAGGCUAGAACCAGGCCAGAACUAGACUAGAACCAGACCAUUACCAGACCAGAACCAGGCUAGAAUCAGGCUAAAACCAGACUAGAACCAGCCUAGAACAGAUCCAGGUUAGAACCAGCCUAGAA